UCCGUCCACCUCUGCCCCCAAAAGGAAAACCAGCCUGGUUUCCCGAGCGCAAGCCGCAGCCAGCCUCCCCGUAAAACCCAAUCGAAGCCAACAAACAGGACACCAACCGAGCAAAGCAUCCCCCACACAAGCACCAGCAACCAGCCACUGAGCCACCCACCACCGCCCCCUCACAAGAGGGAGACGAGAAGGGAUGCCUCCGCCUCCCCCUCCUCUUCACUCCCUUGCCCCAUCACCCCAUGACCGCACGGAGCAGAGCAGCCACCAGCAGUAGCGCCGGGGGAGCGUGAGCGCGCGGGACGGCGGGAGAAGUAGCAGCAGGGAGCGAGCGCCAUGGACCUGGGCGGGGUGCUGAUGGCCGCCGUGGACGCGGGGGUGGGCGGCGGGGAGCACGGCGUGCUCGGAUCUAGGGUGCUCAAGCACGGGAGGGGCAAUGCGGAGGACGAGCAGCACGGGUGGAGGCCGCCGCCGGCCAAGCAGGCCAGGGCCGAGGACGACGCGGUGUCGGAGGCCGUCAAGGUGGCCGCGCCCUACUUGCUGGGUUCCUGCAGCCCCGGGCAUGGCCGGGAGCGCAUGCUCAGCUUCUCGUCCUCGGCGUCCUCCCGUCCCUCCGCCGCCGCUGCCGCCGCUGCUGAGGGGGCGAUGCCGCUGUACUAUGGCACCCCUGCUUCUUGCUCAGGAUUGAGUUCAGUGAGCUUGAGCGCCAGCAUUCAGGGGGCAAUGGCCAGGGUGAGGGGACCCUUCACGCCGUCUCAGUGGAUGGAGUUGGAGCACCAGGCCCUGAUCUACAAGUACCUGGCUGCCAAUAUGUCCGUGCCUCCCAGCCUCCUCAUCCCCAUCAGGAGGAGCCUCGCGUCCCUCUACCCACCUGCCUACUUUGGCUCAAGCACAUUGGGAUGGGGGUCUUUCCAGCUGGGCUACACUGGCAACUCCGAUCCAGAGCCUGGGCGAUGCCGCCGGACGGACGGCAAGAAAUGGCGAUGCUCCAGGGAUGCGGUCGCCGACCAGAAGUACUGCGAGCGACACAUGAACCGGGGACGCCAUCGUUCAAGAAAGCAUGUGGAAGGCCAGCCUGGCCAAGCCGCGAAAGCGAUGUCUGCGACGGUGGCAGCUGCUGCUGCCCAGCCAAGUGCUGUCGCAACUGUAGGGGAGGGAGCUACUGCUAGCCUCACAAUCAGCCAUCAGCAGCAACCAGUGAAGAACUAUGCUCUGAACACGAUUGAUCCUUGCUCACUGCAAUAUAACAGUGAACUAGUGAAUAAGCAGAAUGAGAGUGAACAAGCGCAGGACUCCGACAGCCUUUCGAUGCUGACUUCGAUGAGUGCGAGAAGUACGGGCAACCUCUUUCCAUUCUCAAAGCAACAUAAACCUUUUGAAGUGACCACCUCAAGGCCAGAUUAUGGCCUUGUUUCAUCUGAUUCACUGAUGAGCUCUCCCCAUAGUUCCUUGGAGAAUGCCAGUUUGCUCGCAUCACAGUCUCUGAAUGAACACCAGAGUUCACUUUCCCUGCAGCACUUUGUGGACUGGCCGAGGACGCCUUCACAGGGAGCUCUUUCAUGGCCCGACACUGAAGAGAUACAAGCUCAGAGAACCCAGCUCUCGAUAUCUGUUCCAAUGGCAUCGUCGGACCUAUCAUCAGCCUCCACAUCUCCGAUCCAUGAGAAGCUGAUGUUAUCACCUCUCAAGCUGAGUCGUGAAUAUAGUCCUAUCGGCCUCAGCAUCACAGCAAAUAGAGAUGAGGUUACCCAGGGAGAACAAGACUGGAUGCCUACGUUCCAUGACUCGUCGAUGGGUGGGCCAUUAGGAGAGGUUCUAACCAAAAACAGCAACAUGGAGGCAAGGAACUACCUAUCGGCGUCUCUGAACCUUCUAACAGAUGCCUGGGACUCGAGUCCAUUGGAGACCUCUCCUGUAGGAGUUCUGCAGAAGACCACAUUUGGAUCGGUCUCCAGUAGCACUGGGAGCAGUCCCAGGAUGGAGAACCACAGUGUUUACGAUGGUAUCAGUAACCUGCGGGAUGAUCUCGGCUCAAUCGUUGUAAAUCAUCCAAGUAUCAGGUUGGUAUGAGCUUCUGACCAAGAGGGUUGCAACAAGAUGGCUGGCAUCUAGGGCAGAACUUCGCUAGUCCUCACCUUGUUACAUAAGCAACAUCAAUCCAGAACUGUGAGCAUUUUACCUUUGUAGUUUGUCGUUUGAAGACUAAUCUGGUGUGUUCGCUUCUUCAGUUUUUAAGUUUUUUUUCCCUUUCGCUUUGUAACCUUCAACUUCCCUGGAUCUGAACGUGCUGUGGGGUGUGCGUGCGUGUGUGAAUGGAUUGGGUGCUACACUGUUGCAUAUCAUGUGAUAAUAUCCAUUUAUUAAUGGUGCGAUGCCAUGAUCGUUGA